AUGUGCGAUUCAGAUAGUGAAGAAUUUGCAAGUGCAGAUGAAGAUUUCGAAGAGAUUGAACCAGACGAGCUGGAAGAGGUGCUCCAAAGCACAAAACCUUCGGAUGUAUCCUCCAAGAGAAAGGCACAGCUUGCAGCAUCGACAAAAUCUGCAAAUAUCGACGUGGAGCCUGCAAGCACAACUAUAUGCGAGCCCAGUGAUGCUCAACUGGUGGAUAAAACAGAUUUCCAUGAAGAAAGUAACACUGCUUCAUCCGAUAAAAUUGUAAAUCAGCCGAAGAUUUUGGAGAACAAUUCCGACACAUCGCAGGUUCAGUUUACAGGGUCCUCUUCGGCCACGAAGGAAAAAGGAAACGUUGAGUCAGAUCCUAUUCUUACAAAACAUGUUGAAACAAAUAAAACAUGCCUGGAAUUUGCCAAACAUAAGCCACCGUUGGCACAGUCUAACCCCGGAAAUGCGAAAUGUGACGAAAAAGACUUUGAAAACAACGCAAUACCACGCGAAGCAAACAGAUCGCAUUCGCCUUCCGAAACAGUCAAUACACCCAAGAAACUUGUGCUUAAACCGGCCAAACCACAAAUGUUGGAACAGCCCUUGGCGGAAAUGAAGGAAAAAAUUAGCGAAGAAGAAAGCAAAUCCGGCGCAGAUGAGGGAUGGGAUGAUUUUGACGACGAUUGGGGAGAUUUCACCGUUGGAGGUGGUAGUAGUGCCGCGGACAAAACCGAUAAUAAGCAAACGAAGAGUUUAAGUAGGGAUACCCAUUUCGAGAAUCCUUCGACGGUGGAUAACUCAACAAAAGCCAGCUUCAGAGAUGUGGAUAUCGAUGAGGUUGAACACAGGCUGAAGGAUUUUAUGAAGCAUAAGGAUGAUCCCCCUUUGACAUCCGUUCUUGAUCGGCUCUCGAUGGGAGGAGAUAACAAGACAACAGGCGAUUCCGGACAGUCGUGGGGCAGCUGGAAGCCAUCCUGGGGUGGAGCCGCUGUUUCCUUCUUAUCGAACGCAUCCAAAUCGGUUGCCUCGAUUACGACCAACAUUACGCAGGUGAUCGAAUCGGGUAUAGGAGUGCCAAAUCCGGAGGAGUUAGCCCGCCGUCAAGCAGAGACAGAAGCUAAGCUGAAAUCUGAAGGAUACAUUCGAGAGGAAACUGAAACAGACGAGAAUGCGCCGUCGGCUGAAAGGCAAACGGAAGACCGAUUCGGAUUUGAUCAACUCGUUUCCGGUGUGACACAGAUAAGCAGUAAGGUUAUUACGGGGGGUUUGGAUACGCUCGAAGGAAUUGGGAAGAAAACGAUGACCAUAUUGCAAGAGAAUGAUCCAGGUUUGCUGAAUAAGCGAAAGUUGCUCGGUUUACAGCCAAACGACGGUGUGGUGUUGAGCCAGGUUCUUCGGGAGGCAAAAGCAAAGACGGAGGAACGCGAACGAAAUCUGAAGCAAAUCCAAAAGCAUCAGUAUAAGAAGAAGCUUCACUUUGAAACACUGUUUGACGAUUAUCACGGGUUGGUGCAUCUCGAGGCACUUGAGAUGCUAUCGAAACAAGCAUCUCUGAAGCUGGAAUCCCUGAUGGCGCCACUGACGGGAAAGGCACUCGAAGAACUUCAAGAAACCAUGAGCGAGGUGAAGGAACUGUGCGAACUUCCUGAAAUGGACAAUGACGAUGCGGAUGGGCUGCACACGGCGGUCGAUCUGGAAUCAAAGUUGAAGGAAACCAUCGUUGACCUCGAUCCGAAUGUUAGGGUCGACUUUGGAGAGAUCGUAAAGAGUUGGAUGGAGUACACUGAGUGGAUAGAUACCAGGCAGGAUGAACGAACAGGACAGGAUGUGUUUGAAAAGGCCAUGCGUGCUCUAGCACAAACGACGGCCCUAUGUGUCUUGCGGAUGCACAAACUGGCGGAAAUUCUACUCAUAAGCGAACAUCACAGUACGGCCACUGAGGCCGAUGUGCUGGUUCAGCUAACGACAGUAUUCUGCUGGCAUCUGAGCGGCGUUGCGACCAGAUUUUGCUCUGCGCUCACGAAAAUGAAGGAUGAGUCUGGGCAUGAUAAUGACAGUGCGCUUAUUACCAACAUAUUUUUAGAGGGCUCGAACAGCACGUCUUACGUUCAGAAUGCAUUUCACCUUUUCAUUCCGAUCUUACAACUGGGUGCGGCUUAA